AUGCCACCACCGUUACUCACCGCCACCUUUCUCAUCCUCUUCCUCCUCACUACAACCACGACCACCACGACAUCCCAAGAAUCCGACCCUGAAUCAGAUUGCACUAAUAAAUGGAUCCACAUCCGUUACCUCCCUUCCCAAUUUAACCUUGACCUGUUACUCAACUGCUCCCAAUACCCCCUUUUCGAUAACUUCUGCAGUUAUCUAACCAACCAUGGCCUCGGCCAAAAAACCCACAACAAUUCCCACAGCUGGUACAGAACAGACCCGUUUAUGCUUGAACUCAUUUUCCACCGCCGGAUGCUUGAAUACCCAUGUUUAACACCGGAUCCAAAUCUUGCUGAUGCCAUUUAUAUCCCAUAUUUUGCUGGACUUGAUAGCCUCAACUACCUUUUUGGUCCUCAAGUGAAUUCAAGUUUUCUUCAUGGAUUAGAUUUGUAUCACUACCUAGUACAUUUGGACACACCUUCUAUAUGGCAGAAAAAUUUUGGGCACGAUCAUUUUUUGGUAAUGGCACGUUCGGCUUGGGAUUUUAUCCAACCUCUAUCGAACGAUCCACCAAUUUUUGGCACUUCAUUUCUUGAAUUACCUGAAUUUUAUAAUGUCACUGCAUUGACAUUUGAAGCCAGGGCUUAUCCUUGGCAAGAAAGGGCAAUCCCAUAUCCCACUUCUUUUCACCCUCCAAAUUUAGCAUUUCUUGAUUCCUGGGUGAAUAGGGUGAGGAAAUCUAGGAGGAGUGCAUUGAUGUUGUUUGCUGCUGGUGGUGGGAUAUCGGCCAAUCCCAAUAUUAGACGGAGCAUUAGGCUAGAAUGCGAGAAUAGUACUAGCAUGAGUAUGAAUGGUACUGGAUACGACAAGUUAUGCGAGUUUGUGGAUUGUUCGAAUGGCAUUUGUGAGCAUGAUCCUAUAAGGUUUAUGAAGCCAAUGCUGCAGGCUAGUUUCUGCUUGCAGCCUCCAGGGGAUACCCCGACUAGGCGAUCAACAUUUGAUGGGAUAAUUGCAGGGUGUAUACCGGUAUUUUUCGAGGAAUUAACUGCGAAAAAGCAAUAUGGUUGGCAUAUGCCAGAGGAGAAAUAUAAGGAGUUUUCGGUAUUUAUACCUAAGGAGGAUGUGGUGUUUAAGGGAUUGAGGAUUUUGGAUGUGUUGAUGAGUAUACCAAGAGGUGAAGUUAGGAGAAUGAGAGAAAAUGUUAUUGAAAUGAUUCCUAGAAUUAUGUAUAGAAAGCAUGGGAGUUCAUUGGGUUUGAGGAGUAAAAAAGAUGCAUUUGAUAUUGCAGUAGAGGGCACUCUGCAGAGAAUCAAAUCAAGACUUGAAGAACUUACAGCUCAAUGA